ACACGCGAUUGUCGCGCCAGCUCGCAGUUGAUGGCGGACGCUUGCUGCCCUGACACCAUGGACGCAAAGGGUAAAGAAAGAGGCAUCCUGAAGCUGGAGCCGCGGCCACGGAUCGUCGUGGAAGCCCGCUCUGAGCUGACUCCACAGGGUUCCUGCGAGCACGCGCCGGUGUCGCCGCAGCCAUCGGUGGACCGCCUGUCGGUGACCUGGGCCGACCCCGGCAGCAUGACGUCUUCGGGAGUCAACCUGUUCCACCUGCCUUCGGACACCCCUCUCAGCAAUGAGGUCAAGUUCUCACCAACUGCUGGAGGUGAGUCGAGCAUAUCUGCCCGCAUACGAUGUUUCAUCAAAGCUUACAAACCACUGAAAUCAGUCACAAGUUUAUUCACGAUUCCAAGUCAAAAGCUCUAUUUAGCUUAA